AGACCGCGGGGAACGGAAAGCGCAUGCGUCCUAAGGGUGCCGCCCGGCGUCGGGCAUUGGGAAGGGGCCGGGAAAAUGGACUGGUGGGCUGACGCACGCGCGUUGGGCCGCCACCGCCGGCCUCCCGCUUGAGGUUUCCCCUUCUCCCGCCCCCACCCCCGGAAGUGGAGCCGCCCUCACGCCACCAGCGGCCGCCCCAGCGGCAGGCCCCGCCCCCAAGGCCCCGCCUCCCGGCUCUCCGCCCCCUCCUCUGGUAGUGGCACCGGGUUGCCGCCGCGGUGGUGGUGGGUUUGGUGCCCGCAGCGGUGAGCGCAGAGUUGUUCCCGCGAGAGGCGGCCAGGCUAUGAUCGCUGGUUGCCGGCGUCCCGCUCGGGCCAGCCAGAGUCUCCCCAGCCCGGCCCCGCGGCGCAUUUGGCGGCGGCACUCGCGGCGCGCCCCCUCCUCCGAUGGCGGCGGAGAUCCAGCCCAAGCCUCUGACCCGCAAACCGAUCCUGUUGCAGCGGGUCGAGGGGUCCCAGGAGGUGGUGAAUAUGGCCGUGAUCGUGCCCAAGGAGGAGGGCGUCAUCAGCGUCUCGGAGGACAGGACAGUUCGUGUUUGGUUAAAGAGAGACAGUGGGCAGUAUUGGCCAAGCAUAUACCACGCCAUGCCGUCUCCAUGUUCAUGCAUGUCAUUUAACCCGGAAACAAGAAGACUGUCCGUAGGUCUAGACAAUGGUACAAUCUCAGAGUUUAUUUUGUCAGAAGAUUAUAACAAGAUGACUCCUGUGAAGAACUAUCAAGCACACCAGAGCAGAGUGACGAUGAUCCUGUUUGUCCUGGAGCUGGAGUGGGUGCUGAGCACAGGACAGGACAAGCAGUUUGCCUGGCACUGCUCUGAGAGCGGGCAGCGCCUGGGAGGUUAUCGCACCAGCGCCGUGGCCUCGGGUCUGCAAUUUGAUGUUGAAACCCGGCACGUGUUUGUUGGUGACCACUCAGGCCAAGUAACAAUCCUUAAACUGGAGCAAGAAAACUGCACCCUGGUCACAACAUUCCGAGGACACUCAGGUGGGGUGACCGCUCUCUGCUGGGACCCAGUGCAGAGGGUGCUAUUCUCGGGAAGCUCAGAUCACUCCGUCAUCAUGUGGGACAUCGGUGGGAAGAAAGGAACAGCCAUCGAGCUCCAAGGACACAAUGACAGGGUCCAGGCCCUCUCCUACGCACAGCACACACGGCAGCUCAUCUCCUGUGGUGGAGACGGUGGGAUUGUCGUCUGGAACAUGGACGUGGAGAGGCAGGAGACCCCUGAAUGGUUGGACAGUGAUUCCUGCCAAAAGUGUGAUCAGCCUUUCUUCUGGAACUUCAAGCAAAUGUGGGAUAGUAAGAAAAUUGGCCUAAGACAGCACCACUGCCGCAAGUGUGGGAAGGCCGUGUGCGGGAAGUGCAGCUCCAAGCGCUCCUCCGUCCCGCUGAUGGGCUUCGAGUUCCAAGUGAGGGUCUGUGACAGCUGCCACGAGGCCAUCACAGAUGAAGAACGGGCGCCCACAGCGACAUUCCAUGACAGUAAACACAACAUCGUGCACGUACAUUUUGAUGCCACCAGGGGAUGGUUACUGACCUCGGGAACUGACAAGGUCAUUAAGUUGUGGGAUAUGACCCCAGUAGUGUCAUGAUGACCCUCCCAAGACUCAGACAGAUAGCAGUGUACUAAAGAUAUCGCUAUUCAGCUUGCCUGGAGAGGAGAGACAGGCCAGUGAGAGGCAGCGCGAGACUAAGCCCCCGGCUGGUCUGCAGACAAGCUCCGACAGCACGGCCUGUCAGCCAGCACGGCAGCGGAACGCGGCCAGCCUGCUCCUGCACCGUCAGAGAAGAUAUUUUUUUGACAAAUGGUUUAUACAUUCUGGCUGUGCUACGUUGUUUUGAGUGCAUUGAAAAAAUCUGUGUGGGGUGUUUGGUUUUUAUAUUUGUCAACACUCCUUUGCUCGUUGCUUUGUGUGUCGGAGAAGCGAGGGCAGGGUCUGUUCAGGCGUCCUGGUCAGUGUGAAGCGGUUUCUGUGCUGUCUGCGCGUCAGGGCAUGUCACGCCGCCAGCGCCUCGUUCCUCUCCUCUCUCUGCAUGCCUUCUCUGCUUUUUCCCCGAGUCUGUAUAUGUUUACAUUAUUUAUUCCCAGUCUUUCUGUUUUCAUGUCUCUUCAGUGGAGAGAUUUGUGUGGAUUCACCAACUGACUUCUUGAGUUACCCGAAGAAUGACCCAUUCGUAAUGGUGGGCUCAUUCAUGUUUUCACUAAGACAUGACCUUGCAUUCCUACCUCAGUUUUCUCUAGCUUUUCCACAUUAAAAACAUGCCAGGAGGAAGCUGCUCCCAGCCGCCUUCAUCACAGAAGUAGAGAAACUCAGAGCUUCCACCGUCAGUGCCUGGAUCAUUAGAAUUCAGCUGCGACCUCCUGAGCCUUUCAUGUUUAGUUGUUCUGACACAGCUUUCCCUCCCCCAUAACAUAAAAAACAACAUGCACAAAACCCCACGUGCUUCAAAGAUAAGUGUCGGGGAUGUGGUUUUCUGUGUGACAUCAUCUCUGAACUUGAACAUGCGAGAUUGUAAUCCUGCUCUAUUCUAUCCCUUUAAAAUCUAGAUAUUUAAAUAUUUUCAUCUUAGUGCAUUUCAUCAGAAUACUUUGCAUACUUUCAUACUAAAACGGUGUGGUCUGAGACAGAAAGCUGCUGAGCCCCACAGCUCCUGCUGUGUCCUGUUAGGAAUGUACAUAGGACUUCAGAAAAUGAACCUCCAGAGUCCUUAUUACUAACAGAAUCUGACCAAAGUGGACAAAAUGGAAUAUUCUUUGUGUGUAUUACUGGGUGAGUAGUAAUUCAACUCAGGAUAUUGAAGUCCUUUUUAAAAAUCUUAUUUUCACCUACAAAAAUAGGCUCAAAAUCAGCAGCAGUGGCAAGCUUGUACCAGGUGCUUACCCCAUCCAAAGCACUUUACUUGGACCACCUCAUUCCAGCCUCACCUGUCGGACGCAUCCAGGGGUCCCCAGUCUCUGAGGGUCACCAGGUUGAAUAAAGCCCUGUGGAUAAACAGGCCAACAGUUGCCCUUCCCGGUCCAAGCCCUCCCUCUACAGUCUUGUUCACCUGUGACGUCCUGGGGUUGAGACUCGUCCCUGUUAGGUUUCCUCUUUUCCUGGAAGUCAGUCUUACUCCCUCUCGGUUACUCCACUGCUUUUCUAACUGGGGAAGUACGACAAGCCACCCUUGGAUACCAACCCUGUGCCGCUUCUUGGGGCUGGUUCUGCGGCCCCAGCGUGGGAAGGCAGGGCCAGUGUGAGCUGUGUCCCACGCAGCCCACGGUACAUGGCAGCCACCUGAGACAUGAGACCAGAUUGGCUCCCGUGCCCAGAACUCUAAGGACUCAUACGCGCACAUGCCCUCUCACAGAAGCCGUUACCACUUGUCACUUCACCGCCUUCGUCUACACACCCUCACUUGCCAUCACUCAAAACUGUUAUAACUACUUUGAGUCUUUUCUUUGAUUCCUCUGUGAGAGAGAGUGAAGAAAGGAAUUACAUUUAAAAUAUCCAGGUAUCUGUUUUGUAGUUUAUUCCUAGCACCUGCAGCCACUUGCUGACUUGUGCGUAACGGAGGACUGGGUUGCCAAUGAGUAGUGACAUGAACCCUGAGCCCAGAGCCUUGGCCUGGACACAGAGGGGCCACAGCAGGAGGAUGGCAGUGGCCCAGGCGCCCUCACGUGGGUGCCAAGUUGCAGAGAGAUGUGUUCAGAUGUCACUUUUGAAGCUGACUGUCCCUGUUAGCCUACACGUGCCCCCUGUAGUCACCCCUGCCACUCUCGCCAUCUCCCUCCCUUCACAGGUGAGACCACUUGGCACCUCAUGGUAACGAGAAUUGUCGUGUCAUGGGAAACCACAGCCAUGCCGGCCUGUUCACUGCUCUGCCCUGUCAUCUCUCCUGAUCUGUGUGGGCGCUUGUAUUUGGUCAAAAGAGUUUAGCAAACCAAGUGUAUGUGUUUGUAAGACUGAAUUCUGGAGUUUUGCGUUAAGUGUCUCCACCUUAUUUUUAACUUGAGAAAUAACGUGCUGGUGUUGGGCGUCUUCUGAGCCUUUUGUGGGAUGGAGCCCCCACUCCUGGGGAGCAGAGGCUGGCACCAGCACUUGCUUCCCCUGGCCAGCCCGUGCGUCCUGCUGCAUUUGCACUUUACCUGUACUUUGGCUUCACCACUUGAACACACGGUGGCUCUGGCAAACGAAGCCUCCCAAGGCUGUGUCAGGAUCAGGAGAGAGAGAUGCUCUGGAUGCUCCAAAGGAAUGACUAUACUGGAGCCUAAAGCUGCAUGGGUGUGUUUCCACAGUAGCAAAAACGGUUUGAGAUUAAGUACUAAGAAUCUGAGGUCAAUCAUGAGGUCAAUCAACCAUCAUGCGUUUUGCAUUUUUUACAAUUAUUCAAAGAAUCAAAACCACAAAACUGGAAAGGAUCUAGAACGUUCCAAUUAGAAAACACUUCACGCAUACCAGGCAGUUAGAUACAGCUGAAGUGAAAACAAGAGAAUGUUUUAAAAGAAUGUUCCAAGAGCAGUUGUUUUUUAACAUUACAUGGUAAUGGCAUGUGUGGGAGGAGUGGCCUCCAGCACCCGGACGGGCCUCUCCGGACGGGUUUGUGCUUCUUGCUAAGUGUAUUUGGCGCUUCUUUUGGCCCCGGCCCUGUGGUUAGGAGGCAGUGGGCACUAACCCGGAGGUAAUUUUUGCGUUUCUUCAUCCACACAAACUUCUUCCUGUCACUUCAUCACAAACCACCCCACUGGCAAAAUGUAAGUGGGAAUCCAGGGCCCUGGGAGUGGCCCUCACCCUGAUUGUCGGAAGGCAGAGAGAGGGAAGCUUUGGGCCUCAGCGUCUGCCCUUCUUACCAGCAUCACCAUUCCUUCUUCUGAAUUGUUUUGUUUCAUUUUUUGUUUUUGUUUUUUUGAGACAGGUUAUUGCCCCGUCACCCAGGCAGUGUGGCACAAUCAUAGCUCACUAUAACUUUGAACUUCUAGGCUCAAGUGAUCCUCCUGUCUCAGCCUCCUAGCUAGCUGGGACUGGAAGCAAGCAUCACCAUGCCUGCUUUUUUUUUAUUAUUAUUAUUUUUUCUUUGUAGAGACAUGGUCUUGCUGUAUUGCCCAAGCUAGUCACAAACCCUGAUCUUAAGGUAUCCUCCUGUCUCAGCCUCCCAAAGUGCUGGGAUAAUAGGUGUGACUCACUACACCUCACUACUUUGAGUCUUUUCUUUGAUUGCUCUGUGAGAGAGAUUGAAGAAAGGAAUAACAUUUAAAAUACCCAGGUAUCUGUUUUUUAGUUUAUUCCUACAACGUGCAGCCACUUGCUGAAUUGUGCGUAAUUGUAGCCUGAGAUUCAUUUUUUAGAAGUAUAACUUAUUUUUGCUUAACAUUAGUCAAUUACUAAGGUCCAAAUUUUGCUUUUUAAGCAGAAAGAUAGCUCUAAACUGUGGGUCACAGUUAUUGUCUAUGAAUAUUCAUUAGCUGAGAUUCCUUUAGUUAAUAGUGGUUUUAUCGUAUCUAUGCAAGUGCUCUUGUUCACUGAGAUUCACAUCUCAAAGUGAAAGGAUGUACUUGACCAAAACAGUCUUCUUUUUCCCUCUUUUAAUGUUAAGUUGGCCCCUUGUGGACCCCCCUCUGCCACUGUGUAGCAGGCUUUGAACUGGGUAGGCCAGGGAUUUAAAGAUCUCUGAGGCCCAUCUCCACACUGGGUAUCUCAGCAGGAUGUGAUUAAUUUUCUGAUAGAGGUGGCCCGGGGGUCCACCCCAGGAACUGCCCAGGGUGCCCUGGACCCAGCAAGUGAGGAAGGAGGGGCUGUGAGAGGACAGGACUUCUAAACUGAGUGCCGAAGGAUGAGGAGUGAGUCAUAAGGUGGGCAGGGGUAUUUUGCAGAGGUUGAUAGAGGCAAAGAAGGACUUCCCAGGCUGCAGACACAGUGUUUGCAAAGGCCUGAGUGCUGAGUCAGUGUGGGGUGUUGAGGGGCCACAGUGGGUGGAGCUGCCAGAGGACAUUGCUCCAUGGCCCUGGAGCCCAAGCUCUCCCUUCACGUGCGGUGUCCUGAGGCCUGAGCUCUCCCUUCACCUGCAGGUGCCCUGAGGCCUGAGCUCUCCCUUCACCUGCAGGUGCCCUGAGGCCUGAGCUCUCCCUUCACCUGCUAU